GCGUCACCAUUUCUUCUUUAUAUUUACUUUCCUUAAUUCCUUCCCUUUUUCUCUCUCUCGAAAAUCCUAAAGAACCGAAAUAAAUUUUCACUCCAAAAUUUCUCUCAAGAAUCUUAAUCACUACUCUUAAUUUCGAUUGUUUAUUGUUCGCAUCGGAAUUCAUAGUCGAAGUCGAACGAGCUAUUUGACCAUUGGAGACGGUGUUUUUUUUCUCCUUGUUGAUUUUGGAAUUUGGAGAUGGAUUUCUGAGUGAUUCUUGCGAAAUGGAGAACUGGCGGUUUGCUGGAUUUGGUGAUUGUGAUUCCAUCCGAUGAGACGCCGCCCGGUAGUGCUUGCCCCGUUGGAGCAUAUGGAGAGAGGAGCCGGGAAGAAUCAGAACUCUCGGCUUUGUUUUUUAGCGUUGUUGUCGGCGUUUUUCUGGAUCCUAUUAUUGUACUUUCAUUUUGUGGUGCUUGGAGGUCAUUCUGUUGAUGAAUCAAUCAGAUUAAGCCCUGAAGAUGGACCUGUUAACUUGCCUGUAGUCCGGAAGUUUGCCCCUUCUCGUGUUGUAGAUGCGCCGAAAAUUGAUGUGAAAUCAAUUCGCGAGCCUCCGAAGCCUGUCGAUCGGGAGCCUAAGUCCACUGCCAAGCCUGAGAUUCAGACAUUUCCGUUUGUUAAAGCAUUGAAAACUGUUGAAAAUAAGAGUGAUCCAUGUGGCGGGAGGUAUAUAUUUGUUCAUGAUCUUCCUUCUAGGUUUAAUGAGGAUAUGUUGAAGGAGUGUAAGAGUUUAAGCCUUUGGACAAAUAUGUGCAAGUUCACAACUAAUGCUGGGCUUGGUCCACCACUUGAAAAUGUGGAAGGAGUGUUUUCAGAUACAGGCUGGUAUGCGACAAAUCAGUUUGCGGUUGAUGUGAUUUUCAGUAAUCGAAUGAAGCAAUAUGAUUGUUUGACUAAGGAUUCUUCCAUUGCUGCUGCUUUUUUCGUGCCAUUUUAUGCUGGGUUUGAUAUUGCGAGAUACCUUUGGGGAUAUAAUAUAUCUACUAGAGAUAGAGCUUCACUUGAUUUGGUGAACUGGCUUGAGAAAAGGCCCGAAUGGGGCAUUAUGGGCGGUCGAGAUCACUUCCUUGUUGCUGGUAGGAUCACAUGGGAUUUCAGGAGGCUUUCUGAGGAAGAAAAAGAUUGGGGAAACAAGCUUCUGUUUUUACCUGCUGCUAAAAACAUGUCCAUGCUUGUAGUUGAAUCAAGCCCAUGGAAUGCCAAUGAUUUUGGUAUUCCAUAUCCAACAUAUUUCCAUCCUGCAAAGGAUUCUGAUGUCUUUAUUUGGCAGGAUCGGAUGAGAAAACUCGAACGGAAAUGGGUGUUCUCUUUUGCAGGUGCUCCACGCCCUGACAAUCCCAAGUCAAUAAGAGGGCAGAUUAUUGAUCAAUGUAAGAGUUCUAAGGUCUGCAAGCUGCUGGAAUGCGAUUUUGGGGAGAGCAAGUGCCAUUCUCCAAGUAGUAUAAUGCAAAUGUUUCAGAGCUCUCUUUUCUGCCUGCAACCUCAGGGCGACUCAUACACCAGAAGAUCUGCUUUUGAUGCAAUGUUAGCCGGUUGCAUUCCUGUCUUCUUCCAUCCGGGAUCAGCAUACACCCAAUAUACUUGGCAUCUCCCAAAGAAUUUUACAAGAUAUUCAGUAUUCAUCCCAGAGGAUGAUAUUCGUAAGAGGAACAUUAGCAUAGAAGAAAGGCUUGCUCAAAUUUCACCUGAGCAGCUGAAGCUAAUGCAGGAGGAAGUCAUCUCUAUGAUUCCAAGAUUGGUAUAUGCUGAUCCACGCUCCAAGUUGGAAACCUUGAAGGACGCUUUUGAUGUCUCUGUGCAAGCGAUUAUCAACAAGGUGACAAAGUUGAGGAAAGACAUUAUUGAAGGGCACACGGAUGACAAUUUUAUCGAGGAGAAUAGUUGGAAAUAUGCGUUACUGGAAGAUGGGCAGCGGGAAGUUGGACCUCAUGAAUGGGAUCCUUUUUUCUCCAAACCAAAGGAUGGAGAUUCUGGUGAUACGUCGGCCAAAGCUGCAAAAAAUUCUUGGAAAAAUGAGCAGAGAGACAAAUCAUAAACUGAUAGGCUGAAAUUCAUUGAUACAUCAGUAAAGAUACCAUUGGUGGUUAAUUAGCUCAAAUAGAAGCCUAAAGAAAAGCUUCCAGCAUCAAACCAAGGACUUUUUUUUAUAGAUUCAUCCAGCUAAACAGGGCCGCCCUCCAAAAACAAAGCAGUGAGUAUUUGCUGUCCUAUUAAUUAUAGUUUUGUUAUACAGAAAUCAUAGUUCUUUAUUACAUGCCUUUCUGAGUAAUUCUUUGUAUUGAGAGUUGUCAUUUUAUUGGCCAAAUUUUUCUUCUGCAAACAAUGCACAAAUCAAAUGAUUUAGAUUUUAUUAGUCAUGAAUGCUUCACUUUUUUUUGAAGUGAGCAUUAAUUCUCAUCUUAGUAGAAUGAUACCAGAAUUGAGUUUAUAUUUAUUUGAAAAAUUUUCCCCCUUAA